AAUUUAUUUUUUGUUUUAGUUAUUGUAAUUAUAGUGAAACGAUAAAAAAUGACUAAAUAUCUUUUAUCCAUUCCUAUCGAAUUACUAUCAAUUUUUUGUUAACUUAUUUAAUUUAGUUUAAAUUAUCUAUACUUACUGCAAUAAAAAUGAAACAAUAUAAAAAUGAAAUAUUCUAUUCAAUUGAUCUCUAAAGAUAUAAAAUAAUGCAUGAAACAAGCUCAGCUCGAGUAAUAAAAUAAUUAUAAACUUAUGCAUGCAUCCAGUGAUUAAAUCAGAAAGUUUGUAUAAUUUAUGAAAUAACUCGUACCAUAUUUAAUCGAUUCGGUUAUAAUUAGGAAAGCAGUUUAUUUAAUUCGAUUAGUUCAAUCUAGUACGUUAGUUUAGCAUAACAAUGAAGGCAAAAUUCGUUUGGUGGUGGAAAAUUAUCAAACAAUAUUUAACAAAUUGUACUAUCCACGGUGUUAAAUAUCUUGUGAACGAUCAGCUUUCGUAUAUAGAAAGAUUAUUUUGGUUAAUUUUUUGUGCACUAUCUUGGUACGGUUGUGCAAAUAUGAUUAAGGAUGUAGUGAGAAAUUAUAUUCAAUAUCCUGUUGCUUUAACUACCGAGACUACAUAUGUUGAUUGGCAGACACCCUUUCCUACGGUCGCUUUUUGCAUUACUUCCACUUCCGCCAUUAAAAAAUAUUUCAAAAGAAACCCGGGAUUGUUCACCAAUUAUUCCAACCCGAAUUUCCUCCGUGCAUCGACGGAAGAUCUUUUGUCUCUUUAUCAAGAGAUGCGUGUUCCUUGCGAAGAAUUCUUAGCGGAAUGCACGUGGAACAACGUAAAAUUCGACUGCUGCACUGAAUUUCAGGAACUGCGGAAAACUGGCGUGGGAUAUUGCAUCGCGAUGAAUACGUUCCAUUUGAAACCUGGCGUACAUUUCUUUGUGAAUCGCACCGUGAAGUACGGCGAUCUUAUCGUCGAUAUUCGACUAGAUGCAAAGAUGAAGAGAUAUCUUUUCGCUGGAUUCACAGUACAUCUUUUGAAUAAUUUGAAGUUACCAAUGCUUAACAAUGUGGGGAUGGACGAGAUACGUAUAAAAGCCGGAAAAACGACCCGCGUCGAGUUCAUAAUGAAAGACACGUUCAACGAGGUUGGCGUGAAGAAUAUUGCUGCUGAGCACAGGGGCUGUCGGUUUCGCGACGAAAUACGAGCGAACAAUCUAUUUAACAUUUACAGUAGCGACUCGUGCUAUCUGGAAGUAAUUAUAGAACGAAUGAUAAAGCUCUGCGGGUGCGUGAAUUUUUAUUAUCUCGUACCCCAAGGGGCAAGAGCUUGCAACGGCACCGAGACGGUCUGCAUAAUAGCCAAUAAAACGAAUAUCGACUUACAAUCGCUCAAAGACGAAGGAUGUCUUCCGGAUUGCGAAGGGACUUUGUUGCUCGUAAAUCGAUUGGAACCUUCUGAAUAUGAUACUCCGAGUCAAAUGUAUGCACGACUUCAUUUUACCUUGCUAUCACAUCCAACGGUGCGUUAUCGUCGAUAUGUGAUUAACGAUCUUUUAGAUGUUAUAGUUUCUGUUGGAAGUGCGGUUGGUCUCUUCAUGGGUGCCAGUAUCUUAAGCAUCUUCGAGUUACCGUAUUGGUUAUUCAUUCGUCGAGACAGAAUAGCGUAAAAUCCAAAUCUUCAUGAAUUAAAGUAUUAGAACGUGAACAA